CAAAAACAUGCAGAAAAUAAUAAACACCCAUACCUGUAGGCACCUCCAUGCUUGCUAAUUACUUUCCUUUAGGGAAUAUCCCUGUAUUUAACGUCUACGAUCAAAGCAACUUCUUCUUGCAGAGAACCAUCCCCCAUCUUUCAUUCUAGCUUACCUUCAGCAUGUCUCACAACUUCCCCUACCGGAGAUUUCCUGCUCAGACGGAGACGCCUCCACCGGACUAUGAUUCCCGCCGGCCAGUAGGGGGGGAGUCUGACUUUUAUGGACAGCCCCAGCCCACCAGGUCCUUGGCCCACCAGCAGUCGUCUCCUUCCUCUACUGAAACCCCCCACCCCGCCCAGGGUUCGGACGUGGCCGUGGGCCUCCUGCGGAGCUACGGUCUGGAUCCCACCGACCUGGCCCGUCUGGCGGAGCUGCCCGAGGAGAUGCUCAACCUCGACAGCCUCCCUCACCUCCUGCGACAGCUCAAGGAGGGGCGAGAGACGCCCAGCGGUCCUCCUCCUCCCUUGCCAGCGACCGCCAUCGCUCCGCUCUCCUCUCGUCGUCCUGGUGCGUCCCGUCCCGCCGCUCCUUCCGCCCCCGCCGCCAACGACCAAUGGGCGCAGAUCCGGAACCAGCCGGUCCAGUACCCGCUCGGGCACAUCCUCUCGGCGGCCAAGAGCCGUUCUUUUGCGGCGCUUUCUUGCGAUCGGCAGGACCACCGGGCCGAUCCCAGACCGGCGCCUGCUCCCGGGUCCAACAAGCAUCCCUCCGGCGCAGAGAAACCCCCGCCGCCUCCCUCGACCUCUUCUUGUUACAUGCUGGACUACGGCCACCAGGGGAGAACUGCGGAUCACGGUAAGCAAGGGAGAGCCGACAGGUACGAUAUGCCCGCUCACGGCCAGCCCGCCUCAGGGAGAACGGCCCUUCCUCGCUACUCUCAGUCCGACCCCGCACGUAGCUACGGCUCGGGGCCCGCCAGGGACCCCCACAGGGCCCAGCCCCGGGCGGAGCCCCCGCAGGAUCUUCUUCCCCACAGCUGGGCUGGCGCCGGGCCGGCCGUCGUGGCCCCCACGGCCCCCACCAGGAAGGAAGCCCUGGACUUCCACGGCUCGUCACCAGGAGCCUUCCCGUACUCUUGCUCGCUGUGCGAUGUCCUCGCCCUCUCCGCUAAGGUUUGGACUCAACACAUCAACGGAUCCCACCAUGCCGACAAACAGCUGGCCCUCCUACAGAGGUACCCGGACUGGGACUGUCGCAUGGGAAGAAAAUCAAGGUUUAAUGAUGAACCAGAAAAGCCAAAAGAUAAAGAAAGACCCGCCCUUCGCCCUCAGACAACCAAUCGCAAACCUGAGCCCCAAAGGAAUAAAAGGAUGGCAAAAAAGACCCGGGGGGGGAACAGCAAAGUGGUGUGUGCCAAAUUUGAGGCCAAGUGCGUUGACGAAGUGUGCCUCAGGACAUUAAUCGAACCCUUCGGGAAGAUAGUCAAAGUUCUGAUGUUCCCUUGUUUGGCGUUUGUGGAGAUGGGCUCCAACGAGCAGGCCAGGGACCUGGAGAAGUACUACGGCAGUAACCCGGCCGCGGUGCAGGGCAAAGAGGUCACCUUCGAGCUGUCCUCCACCUUCAGCUUCCUGCAGAGCUCCCGGGUGCUGAGCUUCACGCCGGCUCCUCCAGGAGAGGACGGCUUCUCGGACCUCAUCAGUGUAGUGAAGCGCUUUGGGGCUCCGCUGUACACACUGGCCCUGCCCUCACUGGCAUUUGUAGAGAUGAAGAUCGAGGCAGAAGCCCAGAAGCUCGUCAACUAUUAUGCCACCAACAGCCUGAAGGUGAACGGGGCAGAGAUCAAGGUCAGCUUCUCCGGAGAGUACAACACACUCAUGCGAGUGUCCACAGCCAGAAAGUACGAGGAGCAGGAGGAGGGAGCUGGAGGAGCUGGAGGAGGAGGCUCCUGCGUUACCAAGCGCUCCAGGAGCCGGAGCCCGAGGAAGGGGAGCAGCCCUGGAGUGGACGGGAGCCAUCCCAAGAGGAGGAGCCCAUGGGGCGGAGAGGAAGGGGAGAGGAAGAGGAGGAGCAGCUCGCCGUCCCGAGAGAGGAGGCAGGGGAGCCAUCAGCUGCCCCGCGCCUCGGACGCCGUGUCCCUUACUGAGGAGGCGGCGGUAGACGCAGACACACCCCCAGCACAACCAGGAUCGGAGGCCGAGGCCGGGAUCCCAGCUGGAUCUGAUCCGGAUCCCAACGAGGCCGGGACUGCUCACGACACGGCAGAGACGUCUGAAGAGGAGAGCGACAUCGAGGGGAUGGCGGUGAUAGGAGAAGACGGGGAGAGCCUCGACGAUGACGAUGACGAUGGAGAUGGAGAUGGCACGUCAGAUACAUCCGGACCCCCAGAACAAAUCAGAGUGAAGGAGGAACCAGAAGAAGAGACGCAGAUCUGCGAGGAGAAAGAGACGGCCUCUGUACCUGAGCUUAACAACCCGAAGGAGGUGGAUGAAGUUAUUGUAUUUGAGGAGCCCAACUUCCUGGAUAUCCUUGAGAACUGCAUCACUCUCGAUGAGCUCUGCGAAGAAGACAAGGAAGAGAACGAUGAGAAAGAGAUGGAGAAGGAGGAAGAGGAGAAAAAUGAGAAAGAGACGGAGAUGGAGGAAGAGGAGUGUAUUUAUGAAGAUAAGCAGGAGGAAGGGGAAUCCAAGGUGAUCUACUUCAGGAACCUCCCAUCAUCGUGCUUCACCGACGGAGAGUUUGUGGAUCUUGUGAAAGACCAAGGAAAGGCGGUCCGGUAUUUCCUCGUCCCUGACCGCCGAGAGGGGUUCAUCCAGAUGUCCAGCGGGUCUGAAGCCGUACUGGCCUCCAGGGAGCUGCUGGGGAACAACCCUAGCUUUAAAGGCUCCGUGAUGGACUUAACACUGACCGACACGUUCCCCAGUGUGUCCGCAGGGUAAGACACCCCCGUGCUGUCCUAUCCGUGCUGUCCUAUCCAUGCAAGUUCUGUUUGGAAGCGUUUAAAUCGAAUCCAUUGUCUCCCAAACACAACACACCUGCAUUUAAAGGGGCCCAACUUUUCCUUGUGGCUUUGUUUCGUCGGCAUAUGCACAUUAAAGAACAAGCCGAAGACAUUAAUGGGAAUCAAAGGCUUGAAUUUCAGGCAUCCUGCACUGUGCAAUACGUAACGUAAGAUAACAAAUAGAAGAUAACAUGACGAGUGCAAACCGCUGGUAUAGAAUGGGCUUGUGUGUUCUCUCCCGGCACCCAGGUGGACGGUGUUAGAGGAGAGGGUGGAGGGAACAAGAAGGAGCAGCAGGAGCAGCUUCCACUCAGCGUCGCCACCACCACCCACCGCGGUGACGGAGGAGCCCUCUCACCUCAGCGCUGCUGCGGAGGAGGAGGAGUCGCCGCCUUCAUCCAGGAAGUCCUCUUCAGAGCAACAGGAAGUGGAAGUGCCUCGCCGGGAAGACACCCCAACACAGGAAGUGGAUGGCUCGGAGGAUGCGGCGUCCGAACCAGGAAGUGAAGACCAGGAGCAACCGGACGCGGCCGGCGGGGACAAGACCACACCCACUCCAGAUGGACAAACGCCACAGACAGAUGAGAACUCGGAGGGCGUUUGCGUGCAAGACGUGGAGACCGAGCAGACUGCAGCUUGUACAGAGAGGUUGGGUCAACCCCAGCCAGGGCCUGCAGGGGGCGACGUGGAGCCUGUGAAACCCACCAAACCCAUCGGUGCCGAGUUCGUCCGUCCCGUCGUCGGCUACUUCUGUAACCUCUGUGAGGUCAUCUACGUGGACGAAGAGGAGGCCAAGGUCGAGCACUGCAGCAGCCUAAUACACUACCAGAGAUACAAGGAGCACACAGGCCAGGACCCUUGGAGCACCUGAGACAAUUUUGAUUCAGAUGGAAACGAACGCCUUCCCCUGAUUGGCUCGUCAUACCAUGUAACUCAUACCCUCAUUGGUCAGAUGCCCCUUCAUGCAACUAGCUAACCAUGUCUGCCAUGAAAAGGCAAUGGCAUUUUUUGUUUUGUUUCUCGAUUUUAAAAUGGUUAACCCACUUUUUGUGGAACUUGCUUUGUUUGUAAAGCAUUUUGUAAUCUUCUAUUGAGAUGUUCAAUGUGCAUAGCGUUAAGCCCAUGUAGUCGGGCAUUAUGUCUUAAACAAGCACAUCACUGCACGGUCAUUUGUGACAGGAUUUUUUUGUUGCAUGUAACUUUUGGACAUCUACACAGCAUUGUAACUUGAAGAAAAGGCUUUUAUAUUUUAAAACCGUGCCAUUUCUUUUUCCAAUAAAGAGUUACGCCUCGUGCCGUUAUGGCUUAGUUCCGAUCA